CGCCUCUGAGCGCAAGAGGGAGAGAGUUAACAACCGCCAAAGCGGAUUACAGCUUGUCGCCCUGUGAUCCUAUCUCUGUUUCUCCUCUGGAGGGUUUUCCCUCCUGGUUCAGUUCUCCUCAUAGAGGAGAGAAGCGUUUCUUUACUGACUGGUGCUUGUUGGAUCGGCGCAUCUCCAAAAUGAGUUCUUCCUCCGCUGCGCUCUCAUCACCGUGGCAACUUUUUCGCACGCCAUCGCGGCACUGAAGAGCCUCUUGGUGGGGAAAGUUUAGCAUGAACCCUGCUGGGAUCAUGGGCAUACAAUGAAAACUUCCAUCUUCUUCUCUCUGCCUUCCAAGCCGUGAGGCAAAAAUGCAGAAGAGCGUUCGUUACAACGAAGGACACGCACUGUUUCUGUCGGCGGUGGCGCGUAAAGAGGGGACUAAGCGCGGCUACCUGAGCAAGAAGACGGCGGAGAACAGCCGAUGGUCAGAGAAGUUCUUCGCCCUCUACCAGAAUGUAUUGUUCUACUUUGAAAAUGAGCAAAGCGCACGACCAGCUGGGAUUUACCUGUUGGAAGGAUGCACCUGCGAGCGCACACCGGCGCCAAAGAUAUCCACGACAGGGAAGGAGGCGCUGGAGAAACAG